UCCAUUCAUCACAUCUCUCUCUCACACACAGAUCGAGAUUAUAUUUCUGAAAGCUUUGUAUAGCUUACACCGAGACAUGGCAAUAAUGGCGACCUCAACGUGCCAGGCCUUAGUGAUCAUCCUGAUCGCUGUAGCUGCUGCAAUGAGCACGGCGUCUGGUACAGCAUUGCAGUACGACUUCUACAAGUCGUCGUGCCCAAAAGCCGAGGAGGCUGUCCGCAACGCCACUCAGAAGAUCAUCUCCAACGACCCCACCAUGGCUGCCGCCUUUGUGCGCCUCUUCUUCCAUGACUGCUUCGUCAGGGGUUGUGACGCUUCCAUUCUGCUCGACCAAUCCAAUAGCAACUCACAGCCUGAGAAGUUAGCCAUCCCGCUACGUGGUUACGCUGAAGUGAACAUGAUCAAGGCGGCCGUGGAGGCCGAGUGCCAAGGCGUCGUCUCCUGCGCCGACAUCCUCGCCUAUGCGGCGCGCGACUCCGCCAUCCUCUCCGGCGGCUUCGGCUUCGCCAUGCCCGGUGGCCGGCGCGACGGAUUCGUGUCCAACUCGAACAACAUUUUUGGGAACCUCCCUGGACCCAACAUGCAGGUCCAGGACCUCAUCACGAGCUUCAACAACAAGGGCCUCAGCUCCACUGACCUGGUGGCGCUCUCCGGCGCACACUCCUUUGGCCAAACGCACUGCUCCUUCGUUACGCCCCGGCUGUACCCCACCGUGGACACGACCAUGAACGGCAGCUUCGCCCAAGGGCUAAAGACAGUGUGCCCAUCGCAAGGCGGUGGUGGCACCGUGCUGAACAACAACCGUGUGACAGACCCCAACAGGCUGAGCAACCAGUAUUACACCAACUUGGCCACCGGGCAGGUGAUGUUCACGUCGGACCAGACGCUGACGAGCAAUGCCACCACCAACAAGAUGGUGCAGGACAAUGCUGCCGACCCGGUCGCAUGGAUGGCACGGUUCGCGGCGGCGAUGGUCAAGAUGGGAGGUAUCCAGGUGCUCACCGGCAACCAGGGUGAGAUCAGGAGAGUCUGCGGCGCCACCAACAGUGGUAACUGAGGCCGGAAAGCAAGAUCAACCACCAUCAGUUGUUUCCACCACCACUGUUAUUCUUGCAUUGCAUAUAUGAGUUUUGAUCACUUGUCGCUUCAUUCUCAGCUCUUGUUGCUCUUGUACCUUCAGAGGUGUACCGUUAAUUGAUUGCGUUAUAGGUUUUAAAUUUU